GCCGGGCCCAGGGGAAGGGAAGCCGGGCGCGCUGCUCGCCGAGACGGCCCACAGGGGGGCCGGCCUGAGCAGGGCGGCGCAGGCGGCGUGGCGGGGGCCCUGGGCUGGCGCUGCUGCCGCCGCCGCGAGGGGGGACUGGCGGCAGGCCUGGCCGGCGAGCGCGGCCUGCGAGGAGGCUCCGGCAACUUCUGCGGGCGAGCCCGGACGGCGGCCAGGAGGCGGAGGGAGCGCGGCCGCCGGUGAGGCGGAGCCCCUGGCAGGACUGAGUCUGGUCGGCGCUGAGCGGCUGCCAUGAUCUCUGCGGCACCUCUUUACAGCGGGGUGCAUAACUGGACCAGCGCCGAGCGGAUUCGCAUGUGCGGACUCAACGAAGAGAGGAGAGCUCCACUUUCUGAUGAAGUAUCUAACACCAGCAGCUCCCAGCAUCUGGGGUCCCCGGAGUUCUGCGUUGGCAGCAACUUUUCCAAGGUGGAGCUCACAGCAAUCUCGAGUAGUGGCAGCAGUGCCCUGGGGUUUGAGGCAGAGGGCGUCGUGGAGGAAAAGCUCGGGCCCAAGCCUGAGGAUCAGCCCCAUGAACCGGACUGCGCUGGGAAGUCCUUGAAGGGCGGUGAUGCCAGCCAAGGGGAUGCCGGGGAGGCGGAGCCCAUCAAACCGGAGACCAGCAGUCCGGACUGUUCCUGGCCCUCUGCGAAGAAGGAGGCUGACAUCCUGUCCACCUGCCCCAGGGCUCCAGAGGGCGAGCACGCUGGCAGGGAAAAGAGCACCCUGCCUACCGGAGCAGCUGUGACCAACACCACUGCCAGCUGCACCACCCCGGCCCCCACCCCGGCCACCUUCACUUUGAAAAGCGUCUGUUUCCCGACAUCUCAGACGGCUGCUAUGCAAAAAAUGACCCUCUCCUUCCAGCCGGGAGCGGUCUUGGCACCCAGCCAGCCCCUCGUUUACCUUCCGCCCCCCAGCUGCGUGGCUGCGCUUCCGAGCCCGCUUGGGGUCUCGUCCACGCUCACACUGCCCGUCUUACCCCCCUUCCGGCAAGACCACUGUCUGCCAGGGCUCCUCGCCCCUUCCGAGUUGCAUUCGUACUCGUAUGCCUUCUCUGUGGCCAGACCUUUGGCCGCCGAUUCCAAAGUGACGCCUGUGGAUGCGGCCCAGCUCAGCUGCCCUCCCUCCUCGGGAGAGAGCAACACCUCCACGUCCACUGGCCCGUCCCCUCCCUCUGACAACGCGGACCUCCCACCCAGCACUCCUGCCUUGGUGGCAUCGUGCGGGAGCGCCAUCCCCUUGUCAGGCCCCAGCGUGCUGGCCAGGGCCCCCGCGGUCCCAGAGCAGCUUGCGCCGGGGGUCCUGGCCUCCAUCUCCCCGUUGAAAUCGCCUCCGCAGCUGGAACGCGAGAUGAUCGCCUCCCCUGAAUGUAGCGAGAUGCCUCUGGACCUCUCCUCCAAGUCCAACCGCCAGAAGCUGCCUCCCCCGAGCCAGCGCAAGACCCCCCCCAUGCCCGUGCUGACCCCGGUGCACACCAGUGGCAAGGCGCUGCUCACCACUGUCCUCUCCAAGUCGCAGCGGGUCGCUCAGGCUGUGGGGGCUCCGGGCUCUGCCUCGCCCUUCGUCAUCUUCCCGGAGUUCCUGCGCAACGGGGAGCAGGGCCCCUGGGUGAAGAACCCGACCACGCUCAUCAGCACCAUUCCAGGCACCUACGUAGGGGUGGCCACCCCGGUGCCUGCUUCUGUGCUGCUGGGCAAAGACCCCAGCGUCGGUCCCAGCAGGGACUCCCGCCAUCUUCCCAAGCAGGAGCCCAUUUCCAUUGUCGACCAGGGGGAGCCUCGAAAUACUGCGACCCCUUCUGGGAAGAAGGGGGGCACUGCCAGUGCGGAUGGGCAGGCGGAGCCUCCACGGCAGGUCAUUCAUGGCAGAGGCGUUCCAGGGCCCCCGGCGCGCUCCACCAAGGAGCUCUCGCUUUGGAAUCCCGGCCAGAGCAACAUUUACCCUCGAUGCUCGGUGAACGGCAAGGCGGCCAGUCCCCAGCUUCUGCCGGUGGGGUGGUCGCCCUAUCACCAAACCCCUCUGCUUUCUAUCGGCAUCUCAACAGCCACCGGACAAGUCCCUCCCAGUCAGGUUGGUCCUUCCAAGCCAGCUGGGGCAGGGGAGUUGGCGGCAUUCCCCAACGCCCAGCCGGCAGAGUCUGGCCCAGCAACACCGAAGGCCCUCGAAGCUCCCCCGCAGGGCAAGAGUUGCAAGACGGCCUUGCCCAACGCGGCUAACCCCUUGUGCAUCUCAGCAUCUCUUCAGACCUCUUCUGCAGACCCCAAGAGCUCUAAAGCCCUCGCUCCAAGCCACGGCUGUGACAGACCAGAGACUGACUUCGCAGCCGAGAGCGCCCCCCAGCCGGAAGCUGCCCCGGAAGGCCUCAAGCGCCCUGGGGACCACAAGCCGAGAAAUCAAGUCUUAACCACCUAUUUGGCCCGGGACCUUCCCUUGGCGGGCCAGCCCAACGUGCGAACGUCCUCCGAGUCGAUGCCGCUCGUGGAGAGCCAGUGCAAGGCCCAGAGGCGCGACCCUUCGCAGAACCAUUCGAACCCAGAGAUUCCUGCCCGUGCCCUUCACCAGGUAGACCUCAGCCGUGUGAAGAAGGAGCGGGUGGAGCCCGACAUGCCCUUUGUCUCCACCGCCUGCCUGCACGCCUCGAGAGACCCUCCGAAGGCCAAGCUGAAGGCGCUGGCCCACAUCAAAGUGGAGGGGGGCUUCCCCUGCAAGUCCAAAAGGCCGCACGAUGAGCUGAACCGGCCGGCACACAAGAGGCCGAAGUGCCGAAAUGGCGAGGAAGCCGUAGCUUCGUGCAAGUCGGGCAGCCAGGAUUCGCACACUCGCAAGUGGCGGAAGCAUCAUGGCGACCUCCGUGACAUCAAGCGAGAGAGCCUCUUGGGCUCCACAAAGGAACGCAGCAGCCUCCGAGUUAAGCGCAAGCGCCGGAAGCUGUCGCCAGGGCACCUGGGGCACAGCUGUGAAGAAGCUUUUGUUGAGAAGAAAGCAAAGAACAAUUUUCGGGACUUCAUCCCCGUGGUGCUGAGCAGCCGGACACGAAGCCAGUCAGGAAGUGUCGUGGGGUCUUCCGCUAGCGUGCUCGGGGAUUGCGACGGGGCCGGCCACGAGAUCGUUCCACUGCUGUUAGAGGAUGAGGAGAAUGUCGAGGAAGAGAACCUGCUGUCCCUGAAGCAUCGCCGGCUAAGGAAGUCUCACCGGCUCUCCCCGCACUCGGGCUGCCGAGACCGCGAGAGAGAGAGGUCUCGUUCUGAAAGGGGCGGCCUUCAUUCGAGCAAGACUCGGGAGCUUCCGUGGCAAGUGGAGGCCACCAGGCAGCUGUGGUACUGCAAGGAAGCAGAGGAGGAGAGCGGCCACGUCAAGAGGAAGAAAAGGAGGCGGCUGAAAAGCCGGAAGUAUCAGACAGGGGAGUACUUGAUAGAGCGGGAGAAAGAAGAGCACACGAGCUGUUGCCACAAGCGGCGGAAAGCGAAAGCAGACUUCAGGUACCGGAAGCACAAGGGAUCCACCCCCAGCAAAGGCUCGGAGCUGUGCCUGAGGAGCAGGCUUUCUCCAACGCUUCAAGGGCACCUGGACUUCCGCAACGGAUUCCUCUUGGAUCACACGGACUCGCCUCCUAUUCAGGAAGUGCUAGAGAAGCCGUCCGGGAAACGCAAAUGCAAAACCAAACAUUUGUCCGGAAUCUGUGAAGAGAAGGUACAACAGUGUGGAGAGGCCAAGGCACGAGGGAAUCAGUCCAAGACGCGUUCCCCAAAGAAGUCGCAGGAGCCCUGUCCAUCCAGCAAGUCACGGCAGCACAGCUCGGAGAAGACCUCAGAACCGCCCCCAGCCCCACCGGUGCCCCCCGAAGCUCGGCGUCUGAUAGUGAACAAGAAUGCCGGGGAGACGCUGUUGCAAAGGGCAGCCCGGCUCGGUUACAAGGACGUGGUGACAUACUGCCUGCAGAAGGAAAACAGCGAUGUCAACCACCAGGACAACGCAGGCUACACUGCCCUGCAUGAGGCCUGUGCGCGGGGCUGGAUAGACAUCCUACACAUCUUGCUGGAGCAUGGUGCAAACGUCAACUGCAGUGCACAGGAUGGCACCAGGCCGGUUCACGAUGCCGCAGCAAAUGACAACCUGGAGACCAUGUGGCUCCUGCUUUCUUAUGGUGCUGACCCCACCCUGGCCACCUAUUCGGGGCAGACGCCCUUGAAGCUGGCCAGCAGCGACGUGAUGAAAAGCUUCCUUCACGAUUACCUCUUGGACCUGCAGGGGCGAUCUGACGAGGACUCUGGAGCCGCUUGGGAGUUCUAUAGUAGCGCAGUACUGGAGGGGAAAGACGACAUCGGCUGUGACCUUUUGCUCAACCCGCCCGGGAGCUCGGAUCCGGAGGAAGACGAGCAGGAGUCGGACCGCUUCAUGUUCGAGUUCUCCGACCAGCCGCUGCUCCCCUGCUACAACCUGCAGGUCUCCGUCUCCCGAGGCCCCUGCAACUGGUUCCUCUUCUCCGACGUGCUCAAGCGCCUCAAGCUCUCGUCCCGGAUCUUCCAGGCUCGCUUCCCGCACUUCGAGGUGACCACCUUGCCCAAGGCAGAGUUCCAGCGCCAGGUGGCGUCGAGCCAAGUCUUGGCCGCAGAAGAGAUCCAGGAGCACAUGGUGCCCUCCUCCGGUCCAGUCACCGUAGAGACGGUGGAGCUGGUGCGCUACGAGGCGGAGCUGGUGCGGCUGCUGGGCUCGGAGGUGGCGUUUGAGGCUUGGAGCAGCUGACGGAGUCCCGGGCGCUCCCUCCCGCCUUCAGACUACAUUGCGAGGCAAUAAAUAUGACGGACCAACGAGAAGCAGCCUUCUCACGGCCGAACGCAGGGCCCCUCCUUGGGAACAACAACAGCAGCAGCAGCAGCAGGGGGAUCGUCAGAAGCUGCCUCUUCCCGUGCCGUGGACUCCCGCUCAUGGACCCAUUGCCACCUUCGGUGGCUUCAAAACCUCUCCGUGGAACCGCAUCUCUCCCCACCCUCCUGUCCCCAAAGCUCUUCCAGAGUAUUUAUUUAAUUAGUAUUUAAUUUGUGGUGUUCCUUUGUUCCUGCUCAGUCUGCAUCACUGUGAUUCUUGGGAGGGGAGGGAGGCCUUCCUAGAGCCGCCCACCCUGGUUGGGAGGUGCUGAGGGACUGGGCCGCUGCUUCCCUCCUUCCUAGUCUCUCGGGCUGCGAGGAGGCCAGGAGCUGCCAUCCCACCCCCACCCCCCGCUUUCUCGCCUUUCAGUUUUAGGGCCGCCCAGGUUCCGGUUGGGUGUGUUUCUUUCUCCCUCUCUGGCCCGUUUGUGAGAUUUCUGUUUUGGCUCCAGAGUUUAAGCCUGCCACACUGGAGAGGCAACCAGAGACUGAAUACAGAGCCAAAGGCAUCUGGGUGUUCUCGGCUAUCUCCUCCCCGGCCCCCCCCCAACACGCUUUCCCCUCCCCCUUUGUUUAAUCCAUUCAGGAGGCAAGUUGGUCAUCCCCAGGGGGGGUCGGGGGGGGAGCGCCCACAAGCCGGAGGGGUGAGGUGGGGAGGGUUGUAGAUGGUACAGUUUUAUUGUACAGGUGCUAAUGAGGACUGGACAAUCGGUUUUCCUGGCUCUCCCCUGCGCUGCAGGGUGGGGAAGGUGGGGUGUUAAAUUUUCUUCAUUUGUGUUGUGUUUUUUCUCCUCCUUUCCCCUCCCCACUUAGGGAGCUGCAUUGCCUGCCCCGCCUCGCCCACCCCUCCAAGGUGGCUGCCCCUCCCGGCUCCCACCUUGGUCAAAGCAGACAGCGUUUUCUCUCUCUCUCUCUCUUUUACGCCAAGGCUUUUCAAGCCUUUGGAGUAUGUGUUCUGGCUGCUGUUUUUCUGAUUUUUGAUUUAUUCUUAAGCAACAGGCUGUGGUGUCCAAAACACUUAUGUACAGAAAAAACCUGCAUCAGG